UCCAAAUAGCACAUAAUAAUGAUAAUGAAGAAGAACAUGUGGCUGAAUUAGAAAGAGAAAACUGUCAAAUAAGUCCUAGUUUUAUUAUCAAAAAGUCAAUCAGUCAAUCAAAUUCAUAUACUUAUAAAAACGCUCAAAUUGUCUAUUUAGCCGUUAUUUGACAAGUUUCCCGUUAAAAUGCUUAUGUGGCACCGAUGAGACACUUGUUUGGCACUUUUUCUGAUUUCCCCUUUAUUUUUUUUCUAAUUUCUCUUAUUAUCAAUAAUUUUACUCUCCCCACCAUCAAUGCUCGACACUCCAUUUCCCCUGUUGUGGAAGCCGGCAACAAAGCACGCCAAUAGAUCCUCGGGAACUGCAUGUUGGAUUUCUCCUUCACAAGCCCACUUGGCAACCGCCUUCUUCUCGGAGAUCAAAAGUUCUUUGGUUUCAUUCAGAUUUCUCCAUCACUGUCGCAUCAGAAACCAGAGGCGUGGAAUCUAUAAUUUUUCUUCCGUCAUACAAACUUUCCGACACCUAGAAAAGGAAAAACUUUUAAAUCAAGACAAUGAAGUUGUAGAAAGAACUACACUGGGCAGAGAGGUGGAGGAGGGAGGUCCGGAGGGAUAGAGUUUCACUGUUUCAGAGGCAUGGAAUGGUUGGGCCUCCACUAUCGAAUCGAGAAGCAUAGAGAAGAAGAAGAAGGUGGGACUGUGGGAGUAAUGACUAAUGAGAUGAGAAAAAAAUAAAAGGCAACUAAAAUUAUCCAAAGUCGGGAUGUGGAGGUAGUCAUGGACCCGGGCCAGGUCGGGCCCAGGGUGGGCCUAGGCUCGGUCGGGCCUCGGGUUUUUUUAAGGAGGCCCGGGAACGGCCCGGGUAGCCACAGGGUCCGGUCCGGGCCUCGGGUCAAUUUUUUUCCUUUUCCUAAUUAUCCCCCAAACCACCCCAAAUGGCCCAAAAUACCCAGCCCAACCUGAAAAGAUAAAAAAAAAAUGAAAAAAAAAAUUAAAAGCCCGGAACCGGCAGGGCCGGUUCGGCUUUUUGGUGACCCGAGCCCACACCAGGAACCCCCCGGGCCGGGCCUUCCCGGACCUGUCAUUGGCCGGGCUAUCGGUCCGGGCCGGUUCAGCACAGUACCGGUUCCGGGUCAGGCCACCUAGCCCGAGUCCAUGACUGUGUGGAGGUUAACUAUUGGCCAAUUUAGCCAGAUGAACUCGCC